AUGGAUAGGGCUCAGCUUGCUCGAGUUCAAAACUUGUGCAUCACAUCUGAAGGCUUCAACAGACGGGACUUUCUAACAUCAUUUCUCUCCCAUUUCCCCGAAUUGGUCAGUCUCCACAUCGUGGUAAAACAUUAUCACCUGGCCAUAUGUUCUCCCAGCUCUAGGGCGUGCAACGGUGUUUUAUGCUUAGAGAAAAACUUCACACCUGAGCAGCGUGCCGGUCUCAUCUUUACAGAGGGUCAUGUUGAUUUGAUUCGCAAUCUCAACCAAUAUCGCAUCAACAAGACACAUCCUGAGCUUCAUCCUCGUUUGAGACACUUUCGUCAACUUACCGAGAUUGAAGAACUAUAUAUCGACGAAGAUAAACUCAGGAAUGAUAUGUAG